AAAGAAAAAAAUGUCAUAUGAUUUGGUAGUUAAAACUUAAGAGAACAUACUGUAAAAUUUGUAAGGGCGUUGCUGAAAAUGGCGCCAUGAGAUGACGACGGCGAUGGUACUUGGACUAUGGCGAUGUCCACACAACGUAUCAACAAACCCUUCUUCUCUUCUCUACGCCUCCUCCUCCAACAGAGGUUCUGCCACGCCGUUUCCCAUCGAGGAGUUCUACCUGAAAUAGCUUCAACCCCCCAAGUGGGGUUAAUGGGUACCAAAAAAUCAAACAAGGUGGAUUCCAGGGCCUUUGGGAUACACCAUAAUGCUAUACCUCCAGCUGCAUUGACUGUAUUGAGAAUUUUGAGGAAUGAAGGAUUUGAUGCCUACUUAGUGGGUGGAUGUGUUAGAGAUUUGAUCCUGAAAAGAACACCUAAAGAUUUUGAUGUCAUUACCACUGCUAAUCUUAAGCAGAUUAGGAGUCGAUUUCAUAAAGCACACAUUGUUGGACAACGAUUCCCAAUAUGUAUGGUGCAUGUUCGAGGUUCUAUAAUCGAGGUGUCUAGUUUUGAAACAGUGGCUAAACAUGCUGAGAAAAAAACAGAACCUCAUUCUUCUCAAGCACCACGUGGCUUUGGGAAAAAAGACCUUACUCUCUGGAGGAACUCCUUGAAGCGAGACUAUACAAUAAACAGUUUAUUCUUUGACCCUUUCUCGAAGAUGAUCUAUGAUUAUGCCAAUGGAAUGGCUGACUUGAGGUCCUUAAAACUACGAACGUUAAUCCCUGCCGAUGUUUCAUUCAAAGAGGACUGUGCGAGAAUAUUGCGUGGCUUAAGACUUGCUGCUCGACUAGGUUUUUCUUUUUCAAGUGACACAGCAACUGCAAUUCGUAGUUUUUCUUCAUCCUUAUUGACAUUAUCGAAGUCCAGAAUAAUGAUGGAGUUCAACUAUAUGCUCUCGUAUGGUGCCGCUGAGCCUUCACUCUGUUUGCUUCAGAGGUUCAAUCUGCUGAGAUUUUUUCUUCCCUUUCAUGCAGCAUAUCUUGAGCAGCAGGCUAGCACGAAAUCUGAUCAGAACUCUACAAUGUUGAUGAAAUUAUUCUUCAAUAUGGAUAAGGUGGUCAGCUGUGAUCAUCCAUCUGACUGCAGGCUGUGGGUUGGACUGUUGGCAUUUCAUCUCACUUUAAUCAAUAAUCCUCAAGAUGCUCUUGUAGUAUUGACUUUUGCUUCUAUCUUGUACCACGGAGAAUGGAAAGAGGGUAUUCGAUUUGCAAAAGAAAAUUCUGAAGUUCAGGCUAAGUUUGUCCCUGAGCUCUCAAGUUCCUUCGCUCCUAAGUUUGAUGAAGAACUUGUGAUGAAAGUUUCUCAGUUAGCUAUUCUUGUCCAAGAUUCUUUAGAUAUUUUAACAGAGUCAGAAAAUUAUCUUGAAUCAGUGACCAGACACCCAACUUCCCCUUGCUCUGGUUUGGUAUUUAUACCAAAGAGGACAAGCAAAGAUGUAGCUGAAAUUUUUCAGUUGCUGGUAAAAAAGAAAGGAUGUCAAUCUCAUGAGCAAAGAAGAAAGUGUUUUGAUAUUGACUAUGCCUUGCUUGGGCAAGGGUAUUUAUGGGAGACGAGAUUUGUUGUUGGCAAAGUUAUUCUUGAGACAAUGGGCUGUUGGCAAAGAAGAGGAGAUAACGUUUCAGAGGAGAACAAUUGCAUGCAUACAGAGAUCACUGGCGACACUCGACUUUCUGAUGUGAUAAAGGAGCAAUUGCAAGUGAAGAAGGGACAAAAACACAGUAUUUCACUUUGUUCUCCUGAAAUAGAACAUCAGCCAGCCAAGAAACGCAAUUUUGUUCCCAGUGAAGUCAGUAUAAAUUCCGAGCAUUUCAGUACUCGAUUGACAGAAGAGGUUGUUGAGAUAGGGAUAUGCCAAGAACGAGCUAAUAAACAUACAAAAUUCUACGAAGUAGAUGAAUUACCCAGGGAAGAGUUGAUUUCAGUGCUAGGAAACAUGUCAGACAACAGAUGCGAACAACCAAAUGAGAAUGCAACCGAGAAAAAUAAAAGCGAGGCUAAUAAGAAGAAGAAGAAGAAGAAGAAGCAAACACACAAGAGCGAGAAACAUUCAACGGUGAUGGAGAAGAAGCACCAUGUAACACAAGAAGAUGAAGCGGCUGAGCAGCAGGGUGCAGUGCAAGAAAACAUAUCAGAUGAGAGAUGCCAAAAACCAGAUGAGAAGGCAAAUGAGAAAAAGAAAGGUGAGCUUAAGACGAAGAAGCACACACAUAAGAGUGAAAGGCCUUCAACGGUGAAGGAGAAGAAGCUCCAUGUAACACAAGAAGAUGAAGCGGCUGAGCAACAGGGUGCAAUGCAAGGAAACAUAUCAGACGAGAGAUGCCAAAAACCAGAUGAGAAAGCAAUUGAGAAAAAGAAAGGUGAGCUUAAGACAAAAAAGCACACACAUAAGAGUGAAAGGCCUUCAACACAAGAAGAUAAAGUGGCUAAACAGCAGGGUGUGGUGAAAACCAAAGAGACCGAACAUAAACAAGUAAACAAAGAAACGGGAAAUCGUCGAUUGCUUUCCGAUAUAUUCAAGUAAAAUUACAUUUUCAGUUUGAAGUGAAACUGACAACUGAUAGGUACAUUUUUCAAAAAAUGUAAGGUUGGUUGAGGGGUAAUAUGCUUCAAAUUUUGCCUUGCUUUUUUCAUAACAGCUUUUUUUAAAUUCCUCUUAACAAUUUUAAAAAGCAUUAAAGUUGAAUAGGUAGAUAAAUAGUGUUGUUUGUAUGAGUAACAGUUAAAAGAAAAAGAGGACUUGAAUUUAAUUUAAAGUAUAAAUAGAUAUGUUGAUUGGAGAUGAUGAGCAUUAACCAUAACACUAUUUAUUUUUUCAACAAUUUUGAUCUUCUUUUGAAAUAUGUACUGUUGGAGAAAACUUAUGUUGUCAUGUUUGAAAAUGACAAAACAAUUGAAUAUUUUUUUUUUCUUUAAAAAAUAAUUCAUGUUGUUAAUGUUUGGCAUUAAUAUUUUUUUUUUGUUGU